GUUAAUAAUGAGAUUCUUGCUGCCAUUAAUGCUUGUCCUAGCGUCUUGCUGGGCAAGCAAACCUAUAUUACAUGUGACUUCUCAAGCUACGCAACAAUUAGACGACUAUAGAUUGCCGUUAGAAGCCGUACCUAUUGAAUAUGACAUUACAUUAGCACCGACUUUCGAGUCCGAGAAAGAAACAAAUAAAAGUUUUACUUUCGAAGGAUUGUCUAAAAUCACUCUCAAUAUUAAUGAAUCUACAAAUAUCAUAACAUUCCAUGCUUCCAAAGAAUCACUUACUAUCAAUGAAGUUACGCUGCAAUAUUAUGUCGAUUAUAUGAGACCAGUAAUACAAGAACCAAUAAAAGUUUUGUCUGAUACGCAAAGAGACUUCGUACAACUUAUUUUUAAGAAACAAAUUCCUGCAACAAUUGCAACACUAUCUUUGCUUUAUACUGGGAAGUUAAAUGAUGAAUUACGUGGAUUCUACAAAAGUUCUUACCAGAAUAAGGAUGGAAAAACGAAGUAAGGCAAUU